CAUGGCAUACCGUGGCCAGGGCCAAAAAGUGCACAAGGUGAUGGCACAGCCCAUCAACCUCAUCUUCAGGUACUUGCAAAACAGCUCUCGGAUUCAGGGGUGGCUUUAUGAGCAAGUGAAUAUGUGGAUAGAGGGCUGUCUCACUGGUUUUGAUGAGUAUAUGAACCUCAAAUUAGAUGAUGCAGAAGAGAUUCAUUCCAAAACAAAGUCAGGAAAACAACUAGGUUGGAUCAUGCCAAAAGGAGAUAGUAUUACUCUGCUCCAAAGUGUCUCCGACUAG